UUCUUAACCGUCGGAUCUUGACCCCUGCAACGCAUAUCAUCAUCGUUUCUCAGUACUAGGGCGCCGUCUGAAGCUAUCUCCUCUUUCUUUUUCUUAUCUUCUCGGCCGAAUCGUCUCUCUGUACCCACCCAAAACCCUAACACAAGAUGAAUACAGAAAAACUUAUGAGAAUGGCUGGUGCUGUACGCACUGGUGGAAAGGGUACCAUGAGGAGAAAGAAGAAGGCUGUCCACAAGACAACUACCACAGAUGACAAAAGGCUUCAGAGCACCCUGAAGAGAAUAGGCGUGAAUGCUAUACCAGCAAUUGAGGAGGUCAACAUUUUCAUGGAUGAUGUAGUAAUCCAGUUUGUAAACCCCAAAGUUCAAGCUUCCAUUGCUGCAAACACAUGGGUUGUUAGUGGUUCUCCUCAAAUUAAGAAAUUGCAGGACAUUCUUCCCAAUAUCAUAAACCAAUUGGGCCCUGAUAACUUGGACAACCUGAGGAAGCUGGCUGAGCAGUUCCAGAAGCAGGCACCUGCUGCAGGUACUGGGGCAAACGCAGCACAGGAAGACGACGAUGACGACGUCCCUGACCUUGUGUCUGGGGAGACUUUUGAAGGUGCAGCAGAAGAGGAGGUUCCGAAGGCGGCUGCAUCUUAGAGAAUUUUAGAGUGAAUUGUGCUGUGCUAUAUAUUUUCUAUGUUUUUGGAGCGUAUUUAUGUUUUGCGUUUUUUGUUUUUUGUUUUAAGCUUCAGUGUCCUAUAAACUGCAGAUCUUGUUAGUGAUACUGGAUGGUUUGUUGCCAUAGAUGUUUUGAUGGAAAUCCAACUAUUGAGUUAUCUAAUUUCUUGGUUGGCUCCCCCUAAA